ACAUAAAAAAAACUGAUCUUUCACGUGAAUGAUGGAACUCGUGGAUUGAGUUUAACAUGAUUAGACCAAUCCGUAGUGUUACAUUAUCAGCACGUCACGUGAGGACGUCUUGUAGUGUUGCACGCGGGAAUCAAUCAACGUUAAAAUCACUGUGUACUGCGUGCAGACAAUAAAUACUUUCUCAUUGUUCAGUAUUUUGUUUUUCAUCAGGUCACAGACUGAACAGACAGGUGAGAUGUUGACCUCCAAGCUGCUGACUCUGGUUCUGGUGGUCCAGCCGGGCAGAGUGCUGCUGGGCAUGAAGAAGAGAGGAUUUGGGGUUGGGAAGUGGAAUGGGUUUGGGGGCAAAGUUCAACCUGGAGAAACCAUUGAAGAUGCUGCAAGAAGAGAACUGCAUGAAGAAAGCGGUCUCACGGUGGAUGCUCUCGAGAAGGUCGGAAAUAUCAAGUUUGAAUUCGUCGGAGAAACGCAGCUGCUCGACGUCCAUGUUUUCAGAGCCGACAGUUAUAACGGACAACCGACAGAAUCAGAAGAAAUGAGGCCUCAGUGGUUUGAAUGUGACAAAGUCCCCUUCAGUCAAAUGUGGGCUGAUGACAUUCUGUGGUUCCCCCUGAUGCUCCAGAAGAAGAAAUUUGUGGGCUACUUCAAGUUUCAGGGUCACGACGUGAUCCUCAGCCACAAACUGGAGGAGGUGGAGGAGCUGUGAGGUCUGCACUGCAGAUGUUGUUGAAGACUGGAUCAGCCCUUCAGAUAUCUUUAAAUGUUGGAUAUAUCAUACUGUUCAGUGUUCGUUGUUCAGUUUCGUUUGUGGGAGGAAAACGAAGAUACUGAGGACCAAACAGAUGUUAACUGUACAUGUGGAUAUACUGUAAUAUAUCAGGAUGAAACCUUUUUUUUUUCUGUAUAUAAUUUUAAUUCUAGUCUUUAGAAAUAUUAUCAGCCUGAUAUUUUGCCGGUAUUCAUUCCUGAUCACACCUUUUUGUAAUAAAAGAAAUCAAGGCAGCAGUA